UGUUCGUCGACCUGCUCCCUGCUUUACCUGACACCGCUCGCCAGUGUUUCCAUAGCCGCGUACACCGAUGGAUCGACUCGGGAUCCUCUCGUGAGUCCGUUGAGCUCGCCACGCUCGGAUCGUCACCCCCCAAGUCGAAUAAAAAAACCAUUCGGAACGAUCGCGGAAUUUCGACUUGGAAUUCGAAAGUUUGUGCCCGUGUAAUCCGUUGGACAAGUCAAACGAGCACAGUGAACAGAGGUAGACGAAGAGUGACACGUUGCGAUACGAUCGAUCCAACGUAGCCAACUUCUACACGCGUUUACGAGGAUCGAAACAACAAUGUGCUCGUGACAGAGAGAGGGAAGGAUCGUUGGUCGGGUUCGGUUUCAUGAGGAAAGUUCACGUUCCCUUAGACGAUUUUUUCGUUAGACUUGAAGAAGACUGAGGAAGGAAACGGAUAAAACGUGGGCGUUGAGUGAUUGUUGUCGGUGCUAGGUUCCAUCGGGAGUCAUGAAAGAUACCAGCGAUAUGAUGAAGGACGACUUGCCCGCGGACACGUUGAUGGACUGCGAGGGUGACGGCGGAGGGUUGGAGGAUCUCACGAACGACGUCGCAGAUUCAUCUCCGACUAUUCGAGAUGCUGCGGAGAGGUUGCUGACGUUAUUGGGGGUGGACGAAGACGAGGACCUGAUGUCGUCCUCCGAGGACGAGGGUGUGGAGCUGGACGAUUUAGAAGACGAAGAAGAAGAAGAGGAAGAGAACACCAGGUUAUUGCAUCAACUGGUCGCUUCAUUAGCCAAGGAAUUAAAGCAACAAUCUCAUCAGAAACAAACGUCGACUAGGAUCCUUGGUAGAAGUUCCUUCAAGGACUCUAAGGAGCACACAGAGACCGGUUACCUGGACCGUGCUUGCCUUCAGGAACAAAAUUUCAAAUCGACCAGCUGUUAUCGCGAGAGUUUGCCUGACAAGUGCCAGAAACAAGGCUCUUCUCGUUUCCUAUCCAAGGAUCAUGGGUUUUUAGAUUCCCAUCAGUGGGUGAAUCCUUGUUCAAGGAUGAAUCAGCAGGCAGAAGGUGGUAGCCAUCAAGUAUCAGGAUCUUGGAACGCUGGUUGGGAUGCAUGCGCAACGGAAGCUCUUAGAUAUCUGGUCGAAGACGAAGGUCUACAUCCUCAUCAUCCCACGGUGGUGGCCAUGAAGAGCCAUCUGGAGUUGCAGAGGGAACGAGCCUUAUUCGCUCAGUACACCGCGUAAACGAAUUUCGGAUCUUAUCGAAGGGCGAGAGACGGUAUUUUUUUAAAAGCAAGCCUGGUUGACUUUCACCGAGGGAUGCUUUCGAGGCGAGGGCAAUCGCGAGAAGGAAUCGAUUCAAGAGAGAGGGUGUUUCCGGUUUCUACUUUGGGGAUUGAACGCGGUGAAUGUGGGCGAGGAGCUGGCGAAAUCUCUGCUCUUGGAAAGCUGGCCACCUGUUACGAUAUCCUUUGUAAGCGGAUGCUCUUUUGUGGAUAUACUUCUCUGAUUCGUUAAGGUGAAAGAAUCAUUAACAGGUAUCUAUCAUUCUACUUGUUAACAAGAAUCGAAGAGUUACUUCUGGAUGAGUAGGAACACUUUCAAUCCUUUCUAAAUUAUUUAUAUUAAUUUUGGAAGAUUUUCAAUCUGGAUGAGUAGGAACACUUUCAAGCCUUUCUAAAUUAUUUAUAUUAAUUUUGGAAGAUUUUCAAUCAGGAUGAAUAGGAACACUUUUAAUCCUUUUCAAAUUACUCAUAUUAAUUUUGGAAGAUUUUUAAUCUAGACAAAUAGGAGCACUUUUAAAUCUUUACAAAUUACUCCUAUUAAUUUUGAAAGCUUUCCAAUCUGGAUGAGUAGGAUCACUUUUAAUCCUUUUCGAGUUAGUCAUAUUAAUUUUGGAAUCCUUUCAAUCUGGAUGAGUAGGAUCACUUUUAACCCUUUCCAAAUCACUCAUAUUAAUUUUGGAAGCUCUUCAAUCUCUCCAAAUUACUAAUAUCAAUUUUGAAAUGAUUUUAAGAUAUUUUACAAGAAGAGUCAAUUGAAAUAUACCAUUUGAAAUGAACCAUCAUUAGAAAUACAUAAUUUUGAAUUUUCAAUUAAUUUAAAUUCCCACUACAGAAUAGGUGUACAAGUGUAAAGGGUUAAAGUUUCACCUACCCCAUACUGAUGAUUCUUCUAAGAGGGUACAUUAUGUACAUGGAUUUCAAUAGCUUGUCCCACAUUCGCUUUUUCAAUCACCUCGAGUCAUCAGGAUCAUCCAGAACGACAAUCUUGCCCGAGCAGAAGUUCCUGCCACGAUAAAGUGGAAAGAAUCUCUCUUUCCAUUCAGAUAAAAAUGCAUUCACCGUGUGUUUGUCAAGCAAACGACGCGCUUUCAUACGUUCUCAACCGUGAGACUGUGCUCGUCAAGUGAAUUCGAACUUCACCAUAACUUCAGCCACUCCGUAGGGUUGCGCUUUCGUACCAAGCCACCCUUAAAUAUAACUUUUCAUUAAGAGAACGUCACUUCCCUUGGGACGUUUUCUCUUUUCCAUUUCAAAAGUACAACAUUUAAAUUUCCAAGAAAAUUUCUUGUUUAAAUAUUUUCAAGUUUCAAGGGUGGAACGAUUGAAAUCAAAAUGAAAAUCUUCAGUUUUAUACUUUUUUUAUACCUUCUUUUUUUUAUAUAUCGCCAUUAGUUGUUAAGAUUAUCGUCUCUCUUUCUUUUUUUCUCUUUUUAAUUACACGCAUUAUUUAUUGUAUUUGUAACGACUUAGGAUUAAGAUACACGCGAAAAUUCUCUCUUCUGACAUGCUUUCAAUCCAUUCGACGUUAGAUUCACUCGACGAGAAACGAAUGUCAAUAAACGAUGUCAAUAACAGAGAGAGAGAAAAAGUUCAUACGCUGGAUCGAUAUGAACGAAGAAGAAUUUUCAAUUUUCAUCGUGGAGUGUGUUUUUGACAAAUUCUGCAAGAUUUUAUAUUCCGAUGCGGUUCAACUCUCUGAAGGGGGGGUGAGAAAUUCAAUUUAGCUGUUUCGUGUUUCCAAAUAUUUUCGGUCAGGUUUUUUCAGAGUCAGUGGGUUGAACAGCGAGGAAAGUGCGAAGAGACGUCCGUCGAAAUCAAAAAGAAAAUAUUCUUAGGCUAUUUUGUCGUAAGAACAAUCACGAACAAAAAAUUAGGGAAGUUAAUGAAAUAUAUUAAUCGUCGAAUGGCGGAGGGUUGAUUGUAACCCGAGCUAACGAAAAAGAAAUAUUUAAAAUUUGAAUAAUUGAAAUAGAAAUAAAAUUCUAGAAUUAAAGUUGGUCCGCCGUUCGAGGAUUAAUUUGCAUAAAUUGUUUAAACGUAGCAUCUCAUCCAAUAUUCCUAAAUUUAUAUAAAUUUCACCAACGCCAAGUGCCUCCGUUUCAAUUCAAUUCCACCCACCUUUUCCAUAUUCUAAAGUGAAUUAAAUAUAAAAAGUUUGAAAAAGAAACUGAACGAUGGGAUGCAACGUUUGAUAAAAUUCAAAGAUGGUAAAUUGUAUACGAUAAAUUUGGAUCCAAAAAUAUUUUGGAUGAAAAAUAUUUUCUUCUAAAGUGAAUGAGAUCACCUUGGUUUUUGGUAGACAAGGUGUUCGACGAAUCGUCACGAGUGAUUUUAGAUCGAUAUUUCCUUGAUCGUGAAUCACUCGUUUUCAAAAAAUCCAAGUUAAUUCUGUGGUCACGAAUAUUUCGAGUCGUAUGAUGUUCUUUAGAACCAAUCAAAAGGGACGUGGAGAUGGUCGAUGAUUAGACGCAUCGUUUGUACAUAUGUAUGAUAUAUCGUUUUAACUUAUACACGACUAUUGUUACUUUUACAAUAAAUCAUUGUAGAUAACAUUGACCAGUAAAAUAAACGAACGCUAAGUUAAUUAA